UAGUGGUUUCAUAUUUUCACUUCACUAGCUUGCGUUAUUUACGUUGUUUAUUUCGUUUGUUUAUUUUUGUAUUCAAAGUAUUUAUAAAUAAAUAGUAAAAAAUGGCAAACAUUGCAAAACUAUUCUUGCUGCUGUGCUCCAUAGCGACCAUCAGCUACACGUUCUACGUGUUUGGACGCUUCACAUCUUUCCUCUCCACACCGCGCUCCAUUUCAAAGGCACACACCUGGAUCUUUAAUUUACUCGACAAUAAAUCGCGUUUGGAGACCGCAUAUGGACCUAUUGUGCUUGAUACGCUCUACGUUAUUGGCUUCAUCUUUCAGCACAGCUUCCUUAAGUCAGCCUUUGUGAAAAAUCUCCUACGCAAACUGGGCUUGGCCACUGCAGAGAGAACUAUUUACGCUCUGACGUCAUCGCUGUGUUUACAUCAUCUAGUUACGAACUGGCUGCCAGCCCCCUCCAUAGUGCUUUGGCAGUUCGAUGUCGAUGAAUCCCCAGCUCUUUGGUGGACUUUCCUCAUUUUCCAUGCCAUCUGCUGGCUCGUCAUUUUUGGUGGCUGUGCCAUGAUGGACUUGCAGGAUUUGCUGGGCAUCAAGCAGGCGUACUACAGUCUACACAACUACUCACUGCCGUCUGCUUACAAGUCACCCGAGCUGCAUCAGCUGUAUUCACAUGUGCGUCAUCCAUCCUUCGUGGGCUUCACUUUGAUUCUCUUCGUAACGAAUGUGAUGAGCGUGGAUCGGCUGCUGCUUGCUGUACUGCUCACCAGUUACAUGUUUGUGGCCUGGUCCACCGAUCAAAAGGACGUGUUUUACCAGAAAGUGCAGCUGGAGCGCAAGAAGCGCCAGUUGAAGGCGUUCUAAGAGCUAUUCACUCAAUUGCAAACUCUUGGUCUCGAUUGCAGCCUUCUCGUAUAGUCUUAAGUAUUUUAUUCUAACCCAUGUUUGUAUUUCAUCAAUAAAUCACUAACUCAUGCGCACCAUUGA